UCUCUGACCCUGGCAGAUUCCGGGAGCCUCGGCUUGUGGGGGCCGGAAGUGGAGGCGGUUGGUGGGGGUGGCGGUGCUGAGGGACGCUGCGCGGGCGGCGGUUUGAGAACUGAGAGUGGACUGAGUGUAGCGACCCGUGUCCGGCUGUCUCGCCCUGUCGCGGCUGGGCGAGGGUGGGUGGUGCGCGGCGGCGGCGGAACGAACGCGGUGCGGGCGGGGCGCCCGCCGCUGGGCCCAUGGCCUCCUGCGCGAGCAUCGACAUCGAGGACGCCACGCAGCACCUGCGGGAUAUCCUCAAGCUGGACCGGCCCGCGGGCGGCCCCAGUACAGAGAGCCCACGGCCAUCCAGUGCCUACAAUGGGGACCUCAAUGGGCUUCUGGUCCCAGACCCCCUCUGCUCAGGUGAUGGUACCUCAACAAACAAGACUGGUCUUCGGACCAUGCCACCCAUUAGCCUGCAAGAGAAGCAAGUCAUCUGUCUCUCAGGAGAUGAUAGCUCUACCUGCAUUGGGAUUUUGGCUAAGGAGGUGGAGAUUGUGGCUAGCAGUGACUCUAGCAUUUCAAGCAAGGCCCGGGGAAGCAACAAGGUGAAAAUUCAGCCUGUCGCUAAGUAUGACUGGGAACAGAAGUACUACUAUGGCAACCUGAUUGCUGUGUCUAACUCCUUCUUGGCCUAUGCCAUUCGGGCUGCCAACAAUGGCUCCGCCAUGGUGCGGGUGAUCAGUGUCAGCACUUCGGAGCGGAUCUUGCUCAAGGGCUUCACAGGCAGUGUGGCUGAUCUGGCUUUCGCGCACCUCAACUCUCCACAGCUGGCCUGCCUGGAUGAGGCAGGCAACCUGUUUGUGUGGCGCUUGGCUCUGGUUAAUGGCAAAAUUCAAGAAGAGAUCUUGGUCCAUAUCCGGCAGCCAGAGGGUACGCCACUGAACCACUUCCGCAGGAUCAUCUGGUGUCCCUUCAUUCCUGAAGAGAGCGAGGACUGCUGUGAAGAGAGCAGCCCGACAGUGGCCCUGCUGCAUGAAGACCGGGCUGAAGUGUGGGACCUGGAUAUGCUCCGCUCUAGCCACAACACCUGGCCUGUGGAUGUCAGCCAGAUCAAGCAGGGCUUCAUUGUGGUAAAAGGUCAUAGCACGUGCCUCAGUGAAGGAGCCCUCUCCCCUGAUGGGACUGUGCUAGCUACUGCGAGCCAUGAUGGCUAUGUCAAGUUCUGGCAGAUCUACAUUGAGGGACAAGAUGAGCCAAGGUGUCUGCAUGAGUGGAAGCCUCAUGAUGGGCGGCCCCUCUCCUGCCUCCUGUUCUGUGACAACCAUAAGAAACAAGACCCUGAUGUCCCUUUCUGGAGGUUCCUUAUUACUGGUGCUGACCAGAACCGGGAGCUAAAGAUGUGGUGCACAGUGUCCUGGACCUGUUUGCAGACUAUUCGCUUCUCCCCAGAUAUCUUUAGCUCAGUGAGUGUGCCCCCUAGCCUCAAGGUUUGCUUGGAUCUCUCAGCAGAAUAUCUGAUUCUCAGCGAUGUGCAACGGAAGGUCCUCUAUGUGAUGGAGCUGCUACAGAACCAGGAGGAGGGCCGUGCCUACUUUAGCUCCAUCUCAGAGUUCCUGCUCACCCACCCUGUGCUAAGCUUCGGUAUCCAGGUUGUGAGUCGUUGCCGGCUGCGGCACACUGAGGUGCUGCCCGCUGAGGAGGAGAAUGACAGCCUGGGUGCUGAUGGUACCCAUGGAGCCGGUGCCAUGGAGUCUGCGGCCGGUGUGCUCAUCAAGCUCUUUUGUGUGCAUACUAAGGCACUACAAGAUGUGCAGAUUCGCUUCCAGCCACAGCUGAACCCUGAUGUAGUGGCCCCGCUUCCCACACACACUGCCCACGAGGACUUUACAUUUGGAGAGUCUCGGCCUGAACUGGGCUCUGAGGGCCUGGGGUCAGCUGCUCACGGCUCCCAGCCUGACCUCCGACGAAUUGUGGAGCUGCCUGCACCCGCCGACUUCCUCAGUCUGAGUAGUGAGACCAAGCCCAAGUUGAUGACACCUGAUGCCUUCAUGACACCUAGCGCCUCUCUGCAGCAGAUCACUGCCUGUCCCAGCAGCAGCAGCAGUGGUAGCAGCAGCAGCAGCAGCAGCAGCAGUAGCAGCAGCUCCCUUACAGCUGUGUCUGCCAUGAGCAGCACCUCAGCUGUGGACCCCUCCUUGGUCAGGCCACCUGAGGAGCUGACCUUGAGCCCCAAACUACAGCUGGAUGGCAGCCUGGCAAUGAGCAACAGUGGCAGCCUGCAGGCAAGCCCUCGUGGCCUCCUGCCCAGCCUACUCCCAGCCCCAGCUGACAAACUGACUCCCAAGGGGCCAGGCCAGGUGCCUACUGCUGCCUCUGCACUGUCCUUGGAGCUGCAGGAAGUCGAGCCCCUGGGGCUACCCCAAGCCUCCCCCAGCCGUACCCGCUCUCCUGAUGUCAUCUCUUCAGCUUCCACUGCCCUGUCCCAGGACAUCCCUGAGAUUGCGUCUGAGGCCCUGUCCCGUGGCUUUGGCUCCUCUGCACCAGAGGGCCUUGAGCCAGACAGUAUGGCUUCAGCCGCCUCAGCAUUGCACCUACUGUCCCCACGGCCCCGGCCAGGGCCUGAGCUCGGCCCCCAGCUUGGCCUUGAUGGAGGCCCUGGGGAUGGAGAUCGGCAUAAUACCCCCUCCCUCCUGGAGGCAGCCUUGACCCAGGAAACCUCGACCCCUGAUGGUCAGGUUUGGCCCACGGCACCUGACAUUACUCGUGAGACCUGUAGCACUCUUGCAGAAAGCCCCAGGAAUGGCCUUCAGGAAAAGCACAAGAGCCUGUCCUUCCACCGACCACCGUAUCACCUGCUGCAGCAACGUGACAGCCAGGAUGCCAGUGCUGAGCAAAGUGAUCACGACGAUGAGGUGGCCAGCCUUGCCUCUGCUUCAGGAGGCUUUGGCACCAAAGUUCCUGCUCCACGGCUGCCUGCCAAGGACUGGAAGACCAAGGGAUCCCCUCGAGCCUCACCCAAGCUCAAGAGGAAAAGCAAGAAGGAUGAUGGGGAUGCGGCCAUGGGAUCCCGGCUCACAGAGCACCAGGUGGCAGAGCCCCCUGAGGACUGGCCAACGCUAAUUUGGCAACAGCAGAGAGAGCUGGCAGAGCUGCAGCACAGCCAAGAAGAGCUGCUGCAGCGUCUGUGUACCCAGCUCGAAGGUCUGCAGAACACUGUCACAGGCCACGUAGAACGAGCCCUUGAGACUCGGCAUGAGCAGGAGCGUAUCCUUGAGGCUGAUAGCACAACAUGGCAUAGGGAUGGGGGCAACAUUCUUGGCCUGGGAAGGAGUACACAACCUGCUCCAGGCCUGUUCCUUAGCUAUGGUGCAGAGCGGCGGCUGGAGCGAGCACUGGCUGAGGGGCAGCAGCGGGGAGGGCAGCUGCAGGAGCAGCUGACACAACAGUUGUCCCAGGCACUGUCUUCAGCUGUAGCUGGGCGGCUGGAGCGCAGCUUACGGGAUGAGAUCAAGAAGACAGUCCCUCCAUGUGUCUCAAGGAGUCUGGAGCCUGUGGCAGGCCAACUGAGCAACUCAGUAGCCACCAAGCUCACAGCUGUGGAGGGCAGCAUGAAAGAGAACAUCUCUAAGCUGCUCAAGUCCAAGAACUUGACUGAUGCUAUUGCCCGAGCAGCUGCAGACACAUUACAGGGGCCAAUGCAGGCUGCCUACCGAGAAGCCUUCCAGAGUGUGGUGCUGCCAGCCUUUGAGAAGAGCUGCCAGGCCAUGUUCCAGCAAAUCAAUGAUAGCUUCCGGGUGGGGACACAGGAAUACUUGCAGCAGCUAGAAAGCCACAUGAAGAGCCGGAAGGCACGAGAACAGGAGGCCAGGGAGCCUGUGCUGGCCCAGCUGCGGGGCCUGGUCAGCACAUUGCAGAGUGCCACCGAGCAGAUGGCAGCCACUGUGGCCAGCAGUGUUCGGGCUGAGGUGCAGCACCAGCUGCACGUGGCUGUGGGCAGCUUGCAGGAAUCCAUUUUAGCACAGGUACAACGCAUUGUUAAGGGUGAGGUGAGUGUGGCGCUCAAGGAGCAGCAGGCUGCUGUCACCUCCAGCAUCAUGCAGGCCAUGCGUUCAGCUGCUGGCACACCUGUCCCCUCUGCCCACCUUGACUGCCAGGCCCAGCAAGCCCAUAUCCUCCAGCUGCUGCAGCAGGGCCACCUCAAUCAGGCCUUCCAGCAGGCCCUAACAGCUGCUGACCUGAGCCUAGUGCUGUAUGUGUGUGAAACUGUGGACCCAGCCCAGGUUUUUGGGCAGCCACCCUGCCCACUCUCCCAGCCUGUGCUCCUUUCCCUCAUCCAGCAGCUGGCAUCUGACCUUGGCACUCGAACUGACCUCAAGCUCAGCUACCUGGAAGAGGCCGUGAUGCACCUGGACCACAGUGACCCCAUCACUCGGGACCACAUGGGCUCUGUUAUGGCCCAGGUGCGCCAAAAGCUUUUUCAGUUCCUGCAGGCUGAGCCACACAACUCACUUGGCAAAGCAGCCCGGCGUCUCAGCCUCAUGCUGCAUGGCCUUGUGACCCCUAGCCUCCCUUAGCUGCUAAGCCUGCCUUGCCCAAGGGAUAGCACUGAAGGCCAGCAAACAGGCCUAGGUUGAGGCGGAGUCAUGACUGGCUUUUACUUGCUCAGGCCCCCAUCUCUGGGGUGUUUGGGGGUCGGGGAGCAGGGAGCACUGGCCGUGGUCUACAGGGUGUGGUAAUCAGCAGGUUUAGGCUGGGCCCAGGGCAGGUAUUGAGCCUUCUUGGGUUCUGCCAUGCCUGGAGCAUGACCCUGAGAUCGUGACACCACUUGAGUGGAAUUUUCCAUGUUCCUUUUUACCUCUGAUUUGGAUCUAUUUGUUUUUGAAAAACAUUGAGAAAUUCAAUUAAAUGCUUUUGGAAUAAAAUGAA